AUCUAUUCCAUGUUAGCUUUGCCAACACACCGACUUGGAUCGAGUUAUUGUCUUUCCCAUUUGGGUACCCGUCGCAUUGCCCCUCGGGUCCGCACCGUAGUAGCAGCACACACAGCCAUGGCCGCUGUUCCGCCGGAGUUCGGCUACGUUGCAGGCGUUGUUGCGGCGUCAUGGUUUGUGCACCAUGGCUACAUGGCCUUCAAGGUGAUGCAAGCACGCAAGAAGUAUGACGUCAAGUACCCGGCUCUGUAUGCCACACCUGAGGACUGCCCGAACGCCGAGUACCGCAAGGCCUUCAACUGCGUGCAGCGCGGCCACCAGAACUCCCUGGAGGGCCAACCCAUCUUCCUGGCCAUGCUCCUCACUGCCGGGCUCAAGCACCCCGUCACCGCUGCCGUGGCGGGCGCCGUCUACCUGGCUGGGCGCGUGGCGUACAUGCAGGGCUACGCCACGGGUGACCCCGAGAAGCGCAUGCGCGGCGGCUUCCAGUACGCGGGUCUGUUCACGCUGGUGGGCAUCCUUGUCAAGUGGGGCGUGCAGACAGCCGUGGCUGCGCUGAACAAGUAGGCGGCGGAGGGGCGGUGGUGGACACAGGGCACACCGGCAGUGGCGGCGUUGACAAGCGUUGUGCAGGGCUGCACUGCCUCUGUUUUAGCGUGGGCGACGUGAGGCAUGGGGUGUUCAAGGUGUAUAGAUUGGCGGCAGCGCGCUGAAGCUGAGUUAUGUUGCGUUGUCCAGUUGUUGUGGCUGGCUUGUUACGUAGGUCCGGCGGCAUGACCCGUGGGUCCGCAGUAGGCACAUACUGGUGGCAUGGUUGUCAGGCGGUGCUGUAGCGGCCGUAGGAGGCGACGAAUUGGUCUUGAGGUCCCAGAGGGGCUGGAUGGGGCAGUGAACUUCGUGGACCCGCGACGGGGCUGUGAAGGGCCGUGCUUAGGGAGGGUGUGGCGCCCUGGCGCUUAUCGGUAUAUGCAUG